AUGGCAAUCGAAUCUGAGCCUCGAACGGUUUAUGCAGAAGAGACUCGCCUCCAAGAAGACAAAGGACAUCCAGAGAUCUUCGAAGAAUGUCAAGCUACUAAGGAUUGGGAUGCCCCCUCAGACCCGCCUGAGUUUCCCGAAGGUGGUUGGGCAGGUUGGGCAACUGCUGUUGGAGCCUUUCUUGUGCAGUUUUGUGGCAUUGGGUAUACCGCUUCAUUUGGUGUCUAUCAAGACUUCUAUACUCAACAUUACCUGAUAAACGAGACGUCGUCUGCUAUAUCAUGGAUUGGGAGCACAACCGCUUUUUUAGACUUGACCGUGGGCCUCGUGGCAGGUUUGCUACACGACCGAGGAUAUUUCUACCAUCUCAUGAUUGCCGGUUCGCUUCUGGAGGUUUUGUCUCUAUUCAUGUUAUCUCUGUCGAAACCCGAUCAGUACUACCAGAUUUUUUUCUUUCAAGGCUUAGGCUUGGGUAUCGCAGUUGGGCUCACGUAUGUCCCUAGCGUCGCUGUCAUCUCGCAUCAUUUCCAACAGAGGCGCACACUGGUCAUGACGUUCAUUGCUAUAGGGGCAUCGCUAGGUGCUAUCAUCCAUCCGAUUAUACUCAAUAACCUCCUCAACGGCCCUCUGGGUUUCGCUAAUGGUGUCCGUGUAAGCGCAGGGUUAAUCAGCUUUUUUCUCUUGACUGCAUGUCUAUGCAUGCGAACUCGCCAUAAUCCGCCGGCGACACCGGUGAACUCUAUCGUGGGGGCUAGAAAAUGUAUUCGCGAUGUACCAUUCAUGCUCAUGGUAACAGGGAGCUUUCUUUUUCAGAUCGUCUUCUACUACCCAUUAUUCUUCUUUCAACUCGACUCUAUCAAGCACAGUAUCAGCAUUAACUUUUCAUUUUACUCUUUAGUAAUUUUAAAUGGGGCCAAUUGCUUAGGGCGAUUCACGUCAGGAUUUAUUGCGUCGUUCACGGGGGUCCCGAACUUAAUGAUAUUUGCGACAUUCUCAUGCGGUGUGCUCAUUUUUGGCAUGAUUGGGUUGAGUAACUUGGCCAGCGUCGUUGUGCUUGGCAUGGUGUAUGGCUAUAUUUCAGGGCUGAGCAAUGCGAUGGGGGCUCCACUUAUGGCCCUUUUGACGCCUGACCUCUCUGAGCUUGGCGCGCGGAUGGGAAUCUGUUUCUUUGCUCUUGGAUUCGCAAGCUUGAUAGGAACACCCAUAUGCGGCGCUCUGCUCACAUCCAGUUAUACCUGGUGGGUACCGGCUCUGUUCUCUGGGAUCGUUUCACUUGCUGGUAGCAUGGUGUUCACUAUCAUGCGAUACAAGUUUCUAAGAAAGCAGCGCGUUGACGUAUUAUCAUUAGACACUCAGGCCGUCGAAGUCGAGCCAUGAGUGAAGCUGUUAUUACAUCUGCCUGCGUUAUUGUUGUUCCAAUCGUUAAAUGAUUCGAUGAGUAUAUGGAUACUAGCGAGUCGUGGUCCUAAAAACCAGAAGGCUAGUUCAUCCAAGCUUUUGACGUGAGAUUAGACAGUGCAGCUCCGCUGACAAUAAAAUACCCUUUGUAUCGCUUUUUAACAAAAAAAAUAGUCCUUUGGGGGUCGAAGACCCUAUUUACCUGCCUAAUCGUGUGUACUAGGUAUAUCAUGAUGAGCCACUCGUCUACAAUGUUUAAGUGCGAGAUACCACCGGCUUCAGGUCACAGCUAUUACCAUGCUGUGUUGUACCGCAGGAGUCUUCC